AGCGGCUCAACGCCAUCUAUUGGAACGGGCCCUAGUACGGAUCACACAAAAGGAACAUCCUUAGGUCAUUACGUGUACAUUGAGACGUCAAGAGCAAGUAAUACACAAGCUGUACUUGCAAGUUCUGCUGUGACCAACUCAAAUCAAAUGACCUGUAAAUUGUCAAUGGCUUAUCACAUGUACGGCUCACAAAUUGGUACAUUGGAAGUGAUUGCUCACACUACGUACGGAAACUCUUCAUUAUGGAGUCGUUUUGGCAACCAGGAGAAUCAAUGGUUAACCACUAUCGUUGACUUUGGAAGCAUAACUGGCUCGUUUGAAAUUUAUUUGAGGGCUUCACAUUCAUCUGGCUUUAAAGGAGAUGUUGCUUUGGAUGAUCUUUCACUGACUAAUUGUCCUCCAGGUUCUCCACUUCCUCCACCAACUUCAUUCCAGCCUCAACCAUUUCCUAACACGACAUGCUCGUUUGAAACCAAUCGUUGCGUGUGGUCCAAUGAUGUCUCUAAUGAUGUUGAUUGGGUUAUGCGGCAAGGAGGUAUUGCUUCAUAUCAAACUGGGCCUACUGAUGAUCACACAUACCAUAAUGGCAGUGAACUUCCAACUGAGUAUCCAACUACUGACGUAAUAACAACAUCUACUCCAACCGCAGCCAAGAGAUUCGUUGACCCUUGUUAUGCAGCAGCUUCGUCUAUUGCUGAUGGAAGUGUGAGGCUUGCUGAUGGGAACACUCCAAAUGAAGGUCGAGUGGAAAUAUAUCACAAUGGGCGAUGGGGAACAGUAUGCGAUGACUAUUGGACUUCAACUAACGGACGAGUGGUUUGUAAGCAGCUAGGAUACCGAUACUACCUCGGUAGACGAUAUAAUAGGCCAGGUAGUGGAAGUAUAUGGAUGGACAAUGUCAGAUGCAGUGCAAGCGACUUAAGAUUGCGGGAUUGCUCAUUUCGUGGUUGGGGAAGUCACAAUUGUGAUCAUAGCGAUGAUGUAGGCGUAAUCUGUGGAACUGCAAGCGACGGUGACGUUCGACUUGUUAAUGGAUAUACUGCGAAUGCAGGAAGGGUUGAAAUUUAUCACAAUGGGGAGUGGGGAGGCGUGUGCGCUGACGGUUGGGAUUUGAAUGAUGCGAAUGUGGUGUGUAAGCAACUCGGUUACUCACGCGCCCGUACUCUCUCAUCUCACGGGCAAGGCUGCGGAAGAUUAUGGAUGAGCAAUAUUAAUUGCCAAUUUGGACGGUAUUCACGUUUAGAUGACUGCACUUUCUCAGGCUGGGACGUACGCAGCUGUAAUCAUUCUGGAUAUGCGGAUGCGAUCUGCGAUUUAUUGUCUGAUGCAACACCAGCAGUGCUUACAGAAGAUAAUAAAUCAGCGACUCCAAUAAUUGUUGGAGUUACAGUUUCUGUCAUAUCGUCUCUAUUGGUAUUUGUUAUCAUUUUAUUCGUCGUAAUUCGGGUAAGACGCAGACAGGCGACCACUACCACAACGACGACAACAAGUGCUCAAGUAUCGUCUCGACGACCGCCGCAAGCACAGUCGGUAAUUUUCGUACCAUCUGCAUAUCUGAAUGUGACAUAUCCCAGUCUUCACUUCAAUUCUAAUGAAUUGAGAGCUCCGCCUUCGUACGAGACGGCGAUUGGCUAUCGAAGCGAUAGUCAAACAGUUAACUUUGGUGAAAUGAAUCAACAGUACGUCUCUUGACUCUGCAUUGAAUGGCAAUGUAUCUUUUGACGAAGCUGCCGUUUGUAUAUCUCGUCUCGUAACUUAACAUUGUAAUGUGUGCAGUUGAAUUUUAACAAAAUAAUAGUGAAUAGUUGAUUGUACUGAUUAGUAUAUUUUGAACGACAUUCUUAGAUGAGUUGAAUCAUUGCUGGUAAAUUAAUUAAUGUUCUGUCUAACGUGUAUUGCUAUAAUGUGAAAGUAUUUUAGGGCUGCACAGCCAA